CAAAGAUCUCCUCAGAUUCAUGAAACCGCACCUCGAGCUUGUCCACAUAAAAAAAUACGCAGGAAAAAGAGUUGGGAUUGAUGCAUAUUCAUGGCUGCACAAGGGGGCCUAUUCAUGUAGUAUGGAGCUCUGUCUGAAUAUGGAAGGCGACAAGAAGUUGCAGUACUUAAAUUACUUCAUGCAUCGAAUCAAUUUGCUUCGACACUAUAAGAUCAUUCCCGUAGUUGUUUUUGAUGGUGGAAAUCUUCCAUGUAAGGCUUCCACCGAGGAUGAGAGACACAGGAAAAGGAAAGCCAAUCGUGAUCAGGCAAUGACAUUGCUUAAGGAAGGCAAUGUUAAUGCUGCAGCUGAGCUCUUCCAGAGGGCAGUGAGCAUCACCCCAGCAAUGGCACAUCAAUUAAUUCAGAUCCUUAGAUCAGACAACAUUGAAUUUGUGGUGGCUCCCUACGAGGCUGAUGCACAGUUAGCAUAUAUGGCUAGCCUUAAACCUGAAAAAGGAGGAAUUGCUGCUGUCAUAACAGAGGAUAGUGACUUACUUGCAUAUGGUUGCCCUGCUGUUGUUCUAAAGAUGGAUCGUUAUGGCAAUGGUGAAGAGUUUUUGCUAGACAAAGUUUUCAAGUCUGUUGAUAGGAAGCCUUCUUUCACAAAUUUCACCAAAGAUCUGUUCAUAGGCAUGUGUGUUCUGGCUGGCUGUGACUUUCUUCCAUCUGUUCCUGGGAUAGGAAUUACAAAAGCUUAUAAUUUUGUCUCCAAGUACCGAAACUUAGACCGUGUCCUCUCCAUAUUAAAGUUUGAAAAGGGCAGCCAAGUGCCUGAGGAUUACUCAAAAUCAUUCAAAGAAGCAGUUUCUGUUUUUGAGCAUGCCAGGAUAUAUGACAUUGCUUCCAAGAAGACAAGGCAUAUGGAGCCUAUUCCAGAAUCACUUAUGCAAUCUCUACAAGAAGAGCUUGACUUUUUGGGGCCUGAAAUACCUCAUUCCAUAGCAACUUCUAUUGCACAAGGCAAGUUAAAUCCUUGUACAAUGGAAGCAUUUGAUCACCUAUCCAGUGCCGAAAGGAAUUUAAAUCCCAAAAAUGCCACCAAAGCUUGUUUUCAACAUUCCUCACAGAGAGAAGCUAAUACCGGUUCCAGGAAGGAAAGUUUCAUUUCCAUUUCCUCUCGCAAACUCACAAAAGAAGCAAAUUUUAAAGAACAGGAACAAGUUUCUGAAUGGAACCAAGUCUCUUUUGUUGAAGAGAAGAAGCAUUUAGCUGAUGCAAUAGCUUUUGAAAAGUUACUCAAUGCUUCAAGUGUUGGAGAGGUGAAAGAUGAUAAAGAGGUUAAUGCAAAAGAAGUACUAAAAGUACCAGACAACAAUCCAUUUAGAAAAAGAUGUUUUGCAGAAGUUGAAGCAAAUGAGGCAGUGAGUUUUACUGGACAAGUCUUGGUUGAAGAACAGGAGCAUGUUUCUGAACGGAACCAAGUCUCUUUUGUUAAGCAGAAGAAGCAUUUCCCUGAAGCUAUAGCUCUUGAAGAGUUACUCAAUCCUUCAAGUGGAGUGGUGGAUGAGGAGAAAGAGGCUAAUGCAAAAGAAGAUAAAGAAGUAUCAGAUAACAAUCCAUUUCGAAAAGGAUGUUUUGCAGAAGUUGAAGCGGAUGAGAAAGAGA